CAAUGCCUCCUUGUCUGGUGUAGGUUUGCAGCAGGGGCCAGGGCCAAGAAGGUACACUGUGCCUUCUCAGAGAAGGCGAGAUGGUGGAUGAAGCUUAGGACCAUACUAAAGAUCUGACCUGAACUUAAGAAGACCAAGGAUUUGCUAAACUAGGAAUCAUUUCAGGUUUUGGCUCUUUUUUUGUGGGAAUUGAGAAGAUUUCACAUUUAGGAGAUCCAAAAUGGAGUCAGGAGGUGGCGGCGGCGGUGGUGGUGGGGUGGCAGCUUUGGCCUCGUUCAUCAUGAAUGAAGAAGAGCUCAAGAGAAAGCAAAGGGAGAAACUCAAGAAACUGCAGGCCACAGGAGGAAACCCUCGACCUCCACGUUCCUUGUUCUUCUUCACGCUCAAAAACCCUUUCCGGAAGACCUGCAUCAACAUUGUGGAAUGGAAACCCUUUGAAAUCAUUAUCCUGCUAACUAUCUUCGCUAACUGUGUAGCUCUGGCUGUGUUUCUUCCCAUGCCUGAAGAGGACAUCAACAACACCAACUUAACAUUGGAGAGUCUGGAGUACAUCUUCCUGGUCAUUUUCACUCUUGAGUGCUUCCUAAAGAUAGUAGCGUAUGGGCUCCUGUUCCACGAGGGAGCCUAUUUACGAAAUUGUUGGAACAUAUUAGACUUUGUCAUUGUGUUCAUGGGGCUCUUCACACUUGGUGUGGACACCAUCAACACAAUAGCAGGAGUUCCCAAAGAGAAAGGAGGAGGGUUUGAUAUGAAGGCUCUUAGAGCAUUUCGAGUCUUGCGACCGCUGCGGCUCGUAUCGGGAGUUCCCAGCCUCCAGGUGGUAAUGAGCUCUAUUCUGAAGUCCAUGUUGCCCCUCUUCCACAUUGCAUUGCUGGUCUUCUUCAUGGUCACCAUUUAUGCCAUUAUGGGUUUGGAGCUGUUCAAGUGUAAAAUGCACAAGACAUGUUACUACCAGGGCACUAAUAUCAUUGCCAUCAGGGAGAAUGAGAAGCCAUCGCCCUGUGCUCAGGCUGGACACGGGCGCCGCUGCACCAUCAAUGGCACUGAAUGUCGGGCAGGUUGGCCUGGUCCCAAUUUUGGCAUCACCCAUUUUGACAACUUUGGCUUUGCCAUGCUCACAGUCUUUCAGAGUAUCACAAUGGAGAGCUGGACUGAUGUGCUCUACUGGAUUAAUGAUGCCAUGGGGAAUGAUUGGCCCUGGAUCUACUUCUUGACUCUGAUGCUUCUGGGCUCCUUCUUCAUCCUGAACCUCGUCCUUGGAGUACUGAGCGGGGAGUUUACUAAGGAAAGGGAGAUGUCACGGUCACGAGUAGAGUACCAAAAGCUACGAGAGCGACAACAAAUGGAUGAGGAUCUGGAAGGUUACAUGGAAUGGAUCACUCAUGCUGAAGUUAUGGAUGGAGAUUAUGAGGCACUUCUUCUUAGAAAGAACACUGAUUCAGAGACAGACAGUUUGUACAAGAUGGAGGGGAUCAACAGGGUGAUCUAUUUCUACCGUCUCGCACGCCGCUGGAACGUUGUUUUACGGAGGAAGUGUUAUGUUUGGGUCAAAUCUAAAUUCUUCAACUGGUGGGUUCUCCUUGUUGUGUUACUCAACACUCUGGUCAUUGCAACAGAGCAUCAUAACCAGACUGAGGGGUUAACAAGUUUUCAAGACACUGCCAAUAUAAUCCUGCUCGCCUGUUUCACGAUUGAGAUGGUUAUGAAAAUGUAUGCGUUUGGUCUGAGAGCCUACUUUAUGUCCAUCUUCAACCGAUUUGACUGCUUUGUGGUCACGAUUGGAAUUCUGGAGAUCAUCCUGGUCGUGUCAAACAUCAUGACACCACUGGGGAUCUCUGUGAUGAGGUGUAUACGUCUCCUACGCUUAUUCAAGAUCACAAGGUACUGGACAUCACUUAAUAACUUAGUGGCAUCCUUACUCAACUCAGUGAAAUCCAUUGCCUCCCUACUCCUGCUCCUCUUCCUCUUCAUUGUCAUCUUCUCCCUCCUGGGUAUGCAGGUGUUUGGUGGGAAAUUCAACUUCCCUGACAGAGUGAUUCAGCGCAGUAACUUUGACAACUUCCCACAGGCCCUCAUCAGUGUGUUUCAGGUCCUAACUGGUGAGGAGUGGGACUCGAUUAUGUACAAUGGAAUCAUGGCUCAUGGUGGACCUCAAUCACCAGGAAUUCUUGUCAGCAUUUACUUCAUAAUUCUGUAUAUCUGUGGAAACUUCGUUCUCUUGAAUGUGUUCUUGGCUAUCGCUGUGGACAAUCUAGCUGAGGCUGAGAGUCUGACAGCAGCACAGAAAGAGAAAGCAGAGGAGAAAGCCCGAAGGAAACUCAUGAGAACAUUGCCAGAGAAAAGUGAGGAGGAGAAGGCCCUGAUGGCUAAGAGGUCAAAAACGGAGGGAAUGCCCACCACAGCAAAGCUCAAGAUAGAUGAGUUUGAAUCAAAUGUUAAUGAAGUGAAAGACCCCUUCCCUCCUGCAGACUUUCCAGGUGAUGAUGAGGAAGAGGAACCAGAGAUCCCAAUCAGCCCCAGACCCAGACCCAUGGCCGACCUGCAGCUCAAGGAGACAGUGGUUCCCAUGCCUGAGGCCAGCUCCUUCUUCAUCUUUGGCCCACAGAACAAGUUCCGGAAACUUUGCCACAGGAUCAUCAACCACACGACCUUCACCAACAUCAUCCUCCUCUUCAUCCUCCUCAGCAGUAUCUCCCUGGCUGCUGAAGACCCCAUCGACCCCCAUUCAUUCCGAAACAAGGUCUUGGCCUAUGCCGAUAUUGUCUUUACGACUGUCUUCACCAUUGAAAUUGUGCUGAAGAUGACGGUUUAUGGAGCGUUCCUGCAUACUGGCUCUUUCUGCCGAAACUCCUUCAACAUUUUGGAUCUCAUUGUUGUGGGUGUUUCCCUCUUGUCCAUGGGCAUGGAGUCGAGUACCAUCUCAGUGGUGAAGAUUCUCAGGGUGUUGAGGGUACUAAGACCUCUAAGGGCCAUCAACAGAGCCAAAGGGUUAAAGCACGUGGUCCAGUGUAUGUUUGUGGCCAUAAAGACCAUUGGUAAUAUUGUCCUGGUCACCAUGCUCUUAGACUUCAUGUUUUCCUGCAUCGGAGUGCAGCUCUUCAAGGGCAAAUUGUACUCUUGUACGGACCCCCUUCAAACGACAGCAGAGGAGUGUCAGGGAACAUUUUUAAAGUAUGUGCAAAACUCUCUUCAUGACAUGGAGGUCCAUCAGCGCAAGUGGGUCAACAGCGAUUUCAACUUUGACAAUGUGCUGAACGGCAUACUGGCUCUCUUCACCAUCUCCACAUUUGAGGGCUGGCCAGAGAUCCUAUAUAGGGCUAUAGACUCAAAUGCAGUAGACACAGGCCCUUUGUACAAUAACCGGGUGGGCAUCUCCAUAUUCUUUAUCAUCUACAUCAUCAUCAUUGCCUUCUUCAUGAUGAACAUCUUUGUGGGCUUCGUCAUCGUCACUUUCCAAAAACAAGGAGAGCAGGAAUACAAGAACUGCGAGCUGGACAAGAACCAGCGUCAGUGUGUACAGUAUGCACUGAAAGCACGGCCCCUUAAAUGCUACAUCCCGAAGAACCCGCACCAGUACCGUGUGUGGUACUUUGUGACCUCCUGUUACUUUGAGUAUCUCAUGUUCUUUCUCAUCAUGCUCAACACGCUGUGUCUUGGAAUGCAGCACUGCAACCAGUCCGAUCACAUAACCAAACUAUCUGACACUCUCAACCUCAUCUUCACUGUCCUGUUCACAGGCGAGAUGAUCGUCAAACUCAUUGCAUUCAAAGCAAAGGGUUACUUUGGAGAUCCUUGGAAUGUGUUUGAUUUCGUCAUCGUGAUCGGUAGUAUUGUUGACGUGGUCCUCAGUGAGGUUGAUGCCGCGCUGGAGACCAGUGGAGGACUGUGGUGUCUACAUGGUUGUGCUGAAGUGAAUCCAAUGCAGGCAAUAGCUGAUGCAGAAAAUGUCAGAGUUUCCAUCACGUUCUUCCGGCUGUUCCGUGUGCUGCGUCUCAUUAAACUGCUCAAUCGUUCAGAGGGGAUCAGGAACCUUCUGUGGACCUUUAUUAAGUCCUUCCAGGCACUGCCUCAUGUGGGUCUUCUCAUUGUCAUGCUCUUCUUCAUCUAUGCUGUCAUAGGGAUGCAGAUGUUUGGUAAAGUUGCUCUGGUUGAUGGUACAGAAAUUAACCGCAACAACAACUUCCAAACUUUCCCUCAAGCUGUAUUGGUAUUGUUCCGUGUUGCCACUGGAGAGCAGUGGCCUAAAAUCAUGCUGGCCUCUAUGUACGGGAAGCUCUGUGACCCCAAAUCAGACUACAGCCCUGGAGAGGAGUAUACCUGCGGCUCCAGCAUCGCUGUCUUCUACUUCCUCAGCUUUUACAUGCUGUGUGCAUUUUUGAUUAUCAAUUUGUUUGUGGCUGUCAUUAUGGACAAUUUUGAUUACCUCACUCACGAUUGGUCAAUCCUUGGCCCACAUCACCUGGAUGAGUUCAAGAAGAUCUGGGCAGAGUAUGACCCUGAAGCUACGGGACGAAUCAAACAUCUGGAUGUAGUUACUCUCCUGCGGAGGAUUCAACCACCGCUGGGUUUUGGUAAAUUUUGUCCCCACCGCUCAGCAUGUAAGCGCCUGAUUUCCAUGAACAUGCCGCUGAACAGCGACGGCACAGUGACCUUCAACGCCACACUCUUCGCAUUGGUCAGAACAGCUUUGAAAAUCAAAACUGAAGGAAACUUUGAGCAGGCCAAUGAGGAGCUGAGAGCCAUCAUUAAGUCAAUCUGGAAGAGGACCAGUAUGAAGUUGUUGGACCAGGUCAUUCCACCCAUUGGAGAGGAUGAAGUCACUGUUGGAAAGUUCUAUGCAACCUUCCUGAUUCAGGAACACUUCCGCAAGUUUAUGAAGCGGCAGGAGGAAUACUACGGUUACAGGCCCACCAAGAAGAACGCUGAUGAGAUUAAGGCAGGUCUGCGCAGCAUCGAGGAGGAAGCAGCACCUGAGCUGCACAGGGCCAUCUCAGGUGACCUGAUCGCUGAGGAUGAGAUGGAACGUGCUAUGGAGGCCGGAGAGGAGGGCAUCUACAGGCGGACAGGAGGUCUGUUUGGACUGAACAGAGACCCCUUCUCCUCUGAGCCCAGCAGCCCUCUCUCCACACAGGUGACCAGCCAGAGGCCCCUGCAGUUUGUGGAGACUCAUCUGGAGGAUGUAGAGUCACCUCCAGACUCCGUCUUCCUCCCGAACACUGAGUUCUUCCCUGAUAACAUGCCAGCAACCAACACCAAUAACAAUGCCAACUUCAGUGAAGAUAUGUCAUCCAGGUUUACAUUUGAAAGCGAGUCACUGUCAGCUGCUGCAACCAGAAACUAUUCAUACGAGGACAUAAGUGAAAAGAGAGACUCCAGUUUGUAUGUGGGCGGGGCCUCAAGCGCUGAUGACAGACGGCUGUCAGAUUUCACUGUGAGGACCGAUAUCACACAGUUCCCCUAUAACCCCUCAUAUGGAGCGUCAAAGAACCAGAGAGAAGCAACAGAAGCUUCACCAGCCACCGACAAACUCAUUCAGCAGGCACUGAGAGACGGUGGUCUAGACUCCUUGGCUGAGGACCCACAGUUUGUAUUUGUGACUAGGAAGGAGCUAGCAGAAGCCAUUACUAUUGGUGUGGAGGAUAUGGAGGGCAUGGCUCAGAGUAUUGUUAACGGGCAGAGCGGCAAGGUAACAAAACGUAAACGCCGUCCCAUCCCAAUUCCACCCGGCACCAAGUCAACCAAACCCAAGGAAAACACUAGUGCGGUGUAGUAACACACUGAGAGACAUUCAGCAAAUUCAUAAGACGUCAUCAGCCUAAGUCUUCUGCCAUUGUCCAAAAUCACUUACUUCAGUUUAUGAACAAGUAGUGCACUGGUUGAUUUGAAGGGUACUUUUUUUCAAAGUUGGUAAGAGAAAUAACAUAUAAACAAAGGACGCCUGUCUGAACAACGUUACUGCUAUUUAUAUGAAGUCAGGUGAUUUUUAUUUCUGAUGGCUGUUCUGAUUUAGGACUUGUUUUUUGGUGACUGAAUUUACCAAACAUCCUCAAUAAAUUUGUUCACACUCUGUUCUGUGAACAUUUACAGUUGAGUGAGUUACAUAACACUUUGUAAUCUGUGGACAUAGAGCCACAAAGGCAAGUCUUUUCUUUGGUUUGUCUGCCGCGUGUACCUGUGGUUUAAACCUUUUUGUAUUUAGUUAUAAAAUACUGAAUGGAAGAAUUGUCAUCCUAACAUCUUGUUUACAAGAAAAUAUUUGGCCGUUUUUAAAGAAAUUUAGAAGAAAAAAAACAUACUGUAUACAUAAAAACAUACUGGUCCUAAAAAGAAAUUCGAUUUUAUUUCAUUUUUUAUCUAAUUUAAAUGGAAAAUCUUUGCAUGAUUGUGAUUGACAGGACAAAUACAAUAUGCAAAACACUUAAUUUGUGUUUUUACAUUUACUCACUUAGUAAAUGCUUUUAUCCAAAGUGACUUACAAAAGAGGCAGGAAGGGCUUAUAAUGUCCGAUAAAGGCUUAAUGAAAUGAUUUUUAUUUGCAAAUUGAAGUACAUAUUCAUGUUUCACAUGAGCCUUUACAUUCUUCAAAAGAAUCUUCCUCAGUGCUCAUAAUGGGAUUGAAAAUGAAAUGUUGGCCGUUGGCUUAUACAUGGAGUAACUUCCCCUUUUUUCUGGAGUAUGCAAAGGAUAAAGGAUUGUUUUUUUUUUCAUUUACCGGCUUGUAUAUUUGUUGUAUAGUACAGCUGAGAUGGAUAUAGGACAGUGGGGAUGGGAUCAGUGCGUGACGCAGGCUGGAUUUAAAUUGUGUCCCCAUGAGAAUGACUUGUUUUUGUGUGUGCACUACCCACAGCCACUGACACAUUUUUUGGGCUAGAGGAGUUUUCUAGGGACAUUAGAUGUAGACAUUUACAUGUAAAGCAUGCACAGCAAAAAUACAGUGCAGAUACUUGACUAAAAUAACACUGAAACAUGUUUUUUUUUUUUAAACUGUUGCUCUAAAAAAGUUUUUCACUGAGCAACAAUGUACCUGUUUUUUUCAUCUUCUCAUUGUAGCAGAAGUCCUCAUACAAAAUCAUUUUGCUUGUGAAUUCACUGAAUAUGGCAAAGUUGCACCUUUUCAGAGUAUAGUUGAACUUUAAAAGAAUGUGUUGACCGAUGCCACAGAUAGACGUCUUAAAGCUGUAUUUUCUCUUGUAUAAUGUCUGAUCUGUCAUUUCUGUUCGGCACAUUUCUAUAUUUCAUUGCAAAGUACAACAUUUGGGUUGUUUAGAUACACACAUUUUCACUUUCCACCUCAGCCUGUGUGUGUCUUGCAAAUGAAUAUGUAAUGAAGUUAAAAGUCCAAUUUAAUAAACAUGAAAGAGAUGUU